CCGCACUUGGCGCGACCGCGUGUCCCACUUCAACCUCAUGCAUGUCGCAGACGCAAGGUGAAAGGAGGCCGGGCGCCUUGCACGGACGAGCACGACAGGACAAUCAUCCAAUCUCUCACGGCAUUGAAACAUCCAUCCACAUCGGGGUGCUGCACCUCUCAUUCGCAUCGGCCCUCGAACCACACCGACUGCACCCGCGGCACCUGCAUCGCCGCCCAUCUCCACGCCUCCAAAGCAGCCAACGCGUCCGCCGCGGAUACCGCAUCGCACCGCCCUCUCCGCACGGCAUACCAAGCUUGGCCAGUGAACGCACAGCCGAUCCAAGGUUCGACGACGGCUCAUGGGGCCGGUGAGCGAGGCGUCUGUCUUCGAUCGUUCCUCCUCUGCCACAGCCGCCUCGGCCAGUCCUGCCGCCGCCCGCCGGUCUGUGCCAUGGCCACGCCGGUCUUGUCCGGCCCCCGGUCCGCCUCCGGAGCUGUCCCCGGGCUCAAGCGCUCUGAUGCCGCCAGCUCGGCUGGCUACCAUGCCGUCCACCAGGAUGAUGAGAACGAAGGUUCCACCGAUGAGGGCCAAAGUGGCCAUGAUAUCACGGCCGCUUUUGCAACCCCCCAAUCUCGCUCCGAGCACCGUUUCAGGGUAGCCACCUACAUCUUAUCCAUCUGUCUCGUCAUCCUCGUCGGCUCCAACCUGUAUCUAUCUCUGCCGUAUGCGUUUCGUGGACAUGGGCCAUGCCCAUGUAUGCCGUCCAAGGUGCCUCAAUAUUUUCAGACGUCUCCAGAGCUCUGGCCGGGGCCCACGGCUACCGGGAAGCCGGCUUUCAUGGCUCAGACAAGGACUUUCAAUCCCACGGCAACCUACAUUCCGAAUGAGCCACUUCAAACUUCAAUACCUGUUGAGGGCAUGGUGCAAGGGAACCAGAGCAUCUUCAAAAUGAUGGGCUUCUUGUCUCCAUAUUCUCCAUCGCCUGGUUUCGGAGUUGGUGAGUUUCCGUUGCCUCCCGGCGCCGAAAUCGUGCAGGUCCAGAUGCUAUCACGCCAUGGAGCCCGGUAUCCCACGUCCGGGUCUGAUGUCGCCCGAUUCGGCGAGAAAUUUGCCAAUGCCACGGGAAAAGCUAAGCUCAAGGGACAGCUUGCGUUCUUGAACGAUUGGAAGUAUCAGCUUGGAUACGAGAUCCUGGUGCCAAAGGGCCGUGAGGAGCUGUUUGAGUCAGGAAUCCUUCACAGCUACAUGUAUGGCAGCCUGUACAACCCCAAGAGCAAAAUCAUUGUUAGGACAACGACUCAAGACCGGAUGCUUAAGUCGGCCGAGAACUGGAUGGCCGGCUUCUUUGGGCUUGAAUGGCCGAAUAACGCCACAAUCGAAGUAAUCAUCGAAAAGCCAGGAUUCAACAACUCGCUGGCCGGAUCGCUGAACUGCCCAAACGCAAACUCCAAAGGGCCAGGCAAUGAGGCACGUGCCAAAUGGAUUCACAUUUAUCUUCAAGAUGCAACUGCUCGCUUUCAAGCUCUGUCGGAGAAUUUCACAUGGACCGUGGACGACGUGUAUGCAGCGCAGACCAUGUGCCCGUAUGAGACCGUUGCGUAUGGGUUCAGCAAGUUUUGCGACCUUUUCACGUACGAGGAAUGGCAAGGAUUCAGCUAUUCCAUCGAUCUCUCCUUCUCCGCGUACAGCGCUUUUCACAGCCCUGCCGGGCGGGCAGUCGGCCUCGGCUAUCAACAGGAGGUCAUUGCGCGGCUGAAGAACCACACACUCGGCUACUCAGGGUCGCAGAUCAAUGUCACGCUCGAUAGCAGCACGGAGACAUUUCCACUGAACCAAAGCCUGUAUUUCGACUUUUCACACGACACCAACAUUGUCUCGGUCCUGACUGCCUUUGGUCUGAGGCAGUUUGCCGAAGAGCUUCCGGCGACGCGAAACCCCGGGCCGCACAAUUUUACCGUCUCCCACAUCACGCCGUUUGGAGCCCGUCUGGAUAUCGAGAUCAUCAAGACACCCCAACCACUAUCGCCCAACCGAGACGGCUACCUGCGUGGCGGUGAGACCAAGUAUAUUCACUUCAUUCUGAAUCAGCGUACUCUCCCCUUGGGCUACAGUUUCCCCGAGUGCGACGCAACCCGCAAGGACGGGUGGUGCGACUUGGGAACAUUCUUGAAGUUGCAAGAAAGUAUGGCUGCCAAGGCCAAUUUCGAGCAUGCGUGUUUUGGAGACUACCCCAAGGUGUCAUACGGCGACGUUACCGACGGAUCACCACCUUGAUUAAACAGCUCGGCAUAAGAAACAGGGACAGCACAUUAGUACGGCGAUGUUGGCAAACGAACAUCGUCGCUCGAGCCGACCAGCAAAGCGCUGGAUGAGACACCGGUGGCGAUAUGCUGCCAAUUUUAUGUGGAAGCCAUGUGAAGUGGGCCAAACUUGGCGGCUCGAAUGAAUUUGCCGGCGUGCUUUUUCCAGCUUCGCCCCUUGCGUGU